AUGUGGAGUAAAGGAGGCGGAGGAGGGGGAGGAGGAGGAGGAGGCCUGGAGGUGCCGGCGCAGGUGUGGGGGGGCGUGUGUCUGGUGCUGGUGCUGGCGGGCGUGGCGGGCGUGGGGGUCAGCGUGCCCCUCGCCCUCAGAGCCAACCACAACGCGAGCCAGGACGAGCGACUCAACACGGUCAAGACACUACUGACGGAGACGCCGCUGGUGGACGGCCACAACGACCUGCCUUGGAACAUCCGCAAGUUCAUGCACAACAAACUCCACAGCUUCAACUUCACGGCGGAACUGAAGAAGCUCCGCCCGUGGUCCAGGUCCUCGUGGUCCCACACCGACCUGCCGCGCCUGAAGGAGGGCUUGGUGGGGGCGCAGUUCUGGGUGAGCUACGUGCCGUGCGAGGCCCAGCGCCUGAACGCCGUCCAGCUCACCAUAGAACAGAUCGACCUCAUCAAGCGACUCAUCGAACAGUACCCCGACGACCUCCGCCUCGCCACCUCCGCCGACGAGGUGGAGGCGGCCUUCCGUGAGGGCCGCAUCGCCUCCCUGAUCGGCGUGGAGGGCGGCCACGCCAUACAGAACUCCCUGGGCGUGCUGCGGGCGCUGCGGGACCUGGGCGUGCGCUACCUCACCCUCACGCACACCUGCAGCACGCCGUGGGCUGAGUGUGCCAGGGCGCGGGAGACGGACAUUGAGGAUCCAAACUCACCCAGGGGUCUCACGCACUUCGGCAGGACGGUGGUGCGGGAGAUGAACCGCCUGGGGCUGCUGGUGGACCUGUCCCACGUGUCGCAGGCCACCAUGCGGGAGGCGCUGGAGGUGUCCCGCGCACCCGUCAUCUUCAGCCACUCCUCCGUGUACGCCAUCUGCAGGAACCCCAGGAACGUGCCCGACGACAUCCUGCAGCGCGUGGCCGUGAAUGGAGGAGUCGUGAUGGUCAGCUUCUACACACACUUCCUCACAUGCAGCCAACAAGCCUCGGUCAAGGAUGUCGUGGACCACAUCAACCACGUGAGGAAGGUGGCGGGAGUCGAACACGUGGGAAUCGGCGCAGACUUCGACGGUGUAAACAAGUUACCCAAGGGCCUGGAGGACGUGUCGCGCUACCCACACCUGUUUGCGGAGCUCCUGCGGGACGACACUUGGAGCAUCGAGGAUCUGAAGCUACUGGCGGGGCAGAAUCUCCUGAGGGUGAUGCGGGACGUGGAGAAGGUGCGGCUGGACAUGAGGGAGCAGAAAGCGGCGCCCUACGAGGAGGAGGUGCCGCCCGACCAGCUGGAAGGCCUCACAUCCUGCAGCUACAAGUUCAAUAAGGACCCAGAUGACUCCUAGUAGAACGCCAUUGCCUAAGGAACGCGACUUCGGCUGG